GUCAAACGGAGCCGCGGCAUUCAAACUCCCGGAAACAGCGUUCGAGCGGGGGUAGGUUCGAAGAGGAGCGGUAACGCCGCGCUCUUUUGUUCAUUCUUCUGGUGUUUUCGCGUCCCUCCCUACAAGGUGGAAGGGAGGGACAGUGCUGUUGCCGCCUUGUCAGCUUGAAGCUGAUCUCACCGGCCGGCUGAACCCACCUAGAACUCGCCGGGUCCCUCCUGCCUCUCCAGCUUCAGGAGCUCUUAUGCCUAUAAGAAAGCGGAUAAACAGAAAAAGAGAAAAUCUGGAAUGACAUCAAAGGGCACCAAAGAGAUGAAUAUCGGCAAGUGGGGAUUGAAAUCUGGUGAUUCCAAAUCUGAAUCGGAGUUGCAGGUAUAUAAGAAAGAGAAUGCAGCUCUGAAAAAAUCUUUGGAAGAACUCAUUAAGGGCAAAAGCAAAAUGACACCUGAAGAAAGAAAGAGACUUCUGGAGAAAAUACUUGCCCUUGAAACAGAAAAUGAAAAAUAUAACAAUAUUCUUGGAGAGAGAAAUCAAGAAAUCCAGCUCCUGAAAGACAAGCUGAAUGACAGAAGCAAAAAUGGUGAUGUUGCUACUCUGCUUAGUCAACUAGAAGAGAAAACAAAGGAAGUGGCAAAGAGAGAACAGCUGCUUAAUUCUCUCUCAGAAGAAUUGGAUCGGUUGAAAAACCAGUUGUCUGCCAUUACUACAAAAUGUUCAGACCUUGAAAAUAGAGCCAAUAAUGUGCAGCUUUCCCAGGAAACUGCUACAAGCUGCACUGGAACCCCAAUAACUGAAGUUGAAAUCCAACUGAAAGAUGCUUUGGGGAAAAACCAGCAGUGGCUGAUAUAUGACCAGCAACGGGAGGCCUAUGUUCAGAGCAUCUUGGCAAGGAUCUUUGAACUAGAGCAGCAGCUGGAAACUAUUAACCAACAUCAAGCAAAUGAAACCAGGGCAGAAGAAGACAAGCAAAGAUAUUAUGAACAGUUGAUGUUAGCAGCCACAAACGAUCUUGAGGCAGAAAGGCGUUCUGUAGCCCAGCUGCAUUCUGACCUUAAUGAAUUCAAAAGGAAGUAUGAUGAAGCCAAGCAAGAGGUGAUGAAUUUGAACAGCCUGCUAAAGUUGCACAAGCACGUUGACAUUCAGACUCUUCAGGAUGAAAACAAUGUCAAAGGGCAGAUACUCCAGAGGCUCACUCAAGAAAAUGAAGUUACCAGAGAAAAGCUUGAUGAAGAAAGGAAACGAACACAAGUGCUCUCAUCUCAGGUUGAAAUGCUUCACAGAUCUUUGCUAAAACAGCAAGAAGAACACACAAGGAUAGCAGCUUUGGAACAGCAGAUCCAGGCAUGCACUUCAGACUUCGAGAAUGAAAAAUUUGAUCGCCAGAACUUGCAGCAUCAGCUAAAUAAAGUCCUUAAGGAGCUGCGCAAGGCAAGGGAUCAAAUAACUCGCUUUGAGCCCUCAAAGCUUCCAGAGCGUGGAGGAUGUAUAGAGGUCUUGCACGACUUCCAGACUGCUUUUGAAGAUAAGCUGACAAUACAGAACAAAUGCUCUUCACCAAAGCGUUCAAAUCUUCUUGAUGAAAGUUUCCUGGAGUGUCCCAAAUGUAAAGCGCAAUAUCCUACAAGCCAGCAUAGGGAAUUACUAGCCCAUAUUGACUUCUGUGCAGAUUAAACGUAAGGACAACCUGUAG